AUGGAUAAGUUACCUUGGAGGACCUCAUCGGGAGGUAAGAAAGGUCCUUUCACAGUAGAUUCAGGAGGAGGGAAACAUCAUCAUCAACAGCAGCAUCAACAUGUCAGUCCGAGAAAUCAAAGACAACCUGAACGACCACCUUCUGCAUCUUCCUCACGACACUCCAACCCUCCCACUCCAUCUAUGUCUCCCGCCGUACCCAUCAAUAGGAAGAAUGGAUCAUUUGCAUACCCUUCUCAACCUUAUCCUUCUUUCCCUCAAGUUUCAACUAGCGCAGGUCACCAUUCCAGAGAAGGCUCAUACCAUCAAUCAUCCAUCGCCACCACUCCUACUCCGCUCACCCCAAUUGAUUCUAUAACUGCGUUAGGUGCAAGCGCAGGUGGAAACGCUUUCUCCCUCGGCGCUCAAGCAUCAUCCUUGGGACCCGGAGGACCAUCACAAUCAUCAUACGGACCUUCUUCUUACAACUCUCAAUACGCUCGUUCCGCACCAAACAAACGAAACCAACCACAAAGUCAACCUGCACUGUCGACUACUCCGCUGGAUCCCCCUCCUUCUCCUUGGACCAAUCAAAACAACUCCGGUAUGCUACAAAAUCAGCCUGCAUUCGAUUGGUCGAACUUGCCCAAUCCCAGUAGUUGGUUAACACCCGAAACCACUCAACCCGCACCAGUUGAAGAGAAUGCCGUAGAUCCUGGGAUAUUCGAUACUCUCGCUGAACUGGUACAACAAAGUCAGGAGAAAGCUACCAACGGCGCAGCAUUCGACUUCUCAGCCCACUUCCCUGCUCCGGGAUCUUCGUCAUCCUCCAUUUCAUCUGUGCCAUCAAUCUCGCAAGGCAGCACGAGUCUUCUAAGUCGUCGUUUACAAAAUCAACAGAACAGCAAUACAUCCCCUCCUUCCAACGGCAAUAAUAAUAUGUAUCAGACUUCUGUACCACCUCCAUCUGGGUCUUUCUGUGAUUCUAUAUCGUCUCUUACUGGGUAUGGAACUCCGGGAAGUUACGGUAACAUGAACUUCUCACAAUUCGCAUCCCCUCAGGAACACCAGCAACAAUUCCAACAGCCGCAAAGAAAGAGUUCGACUGCCCCCUCAACACCGUGGCCGUUGCCUGAUAGACUUGGUGGAUAUGUGGAGACUCCCGUGACGACACCUGGUGGAAGUGAUUUCGGUGGUUUCAACAGUCCAGUUGAGGUGUCUGCCGGUUCUCACUCCAAUCGAUACCCUCCUAUCGCCCCUCGACGGCGAGAAGCCCCUCAACCCCCUGCACCAGGAUAUCCCAGUCUGCCAAGUAACUCUGGUAGCCUUCCCUCUUCUCAGAUGCCUUCUCGAGCAGGUUCCGAAGCUCCUCGCGGGGAAUCUUCCACCGGUACACCACAAGGCGUCAGCCUAGACACUCUUCCACCCUUGCCUGCUGGAUUAUCUAUAGAGCAUCUGGCUCAAUACGGCACUGCGGGAUUAGAAAUGGCAAUCAGGAUGGGAAUGGGGAUUGCCAUGGGGCUGAACGCCCAACAGCCCAAUCAGGACCCAAAUGCCGGGUCAUCCAUCUGGCCUUCGAUGCCUGCUGAUGCACCUACACCUGGAUAUUUCCAAAAUGUAUCGUCACCUGAAGGUUCGGGUUCUCAGAAAGGAAGAAACGUUAGUAUCGUUGAUGAUAUUCUAAACGACGAUUUCCUUCAUGGUAGAAUGCCAACUACACCACUCGCCACUCCACCCAUCAGUACUAUCGGUUCUUACCCCGUCACCCGACGACCAUCUCAAAGCGACGUGACUUCACCUGUACUACCUGAAGUCGGAUCGCCCGAACAGAUGGCUAGGAAAGAUCCUUUAGCGACUCAAGUCUGGAAAGCCUACGCACGUGCUAGAGAGGUUUUGCCUAAUGGUCAAAGGAUGGAAAAUUUGACUUGGAGGAUGAUGCAUCUGACUCUGAAGAAGAAGGAAGAAGAAGCUGCGGCAAAGGAAAAGGCAGAAAGGGAAGAACAAGAGAGGUUGGCCAAAGAAUAUAUUGCGGAAGUGGAAGAAUCCAGAGAUGCUGUGCCUACUACCACGCCCAACGUAGAAGCUGAACGAGGUAGACCGAAAGGAAAAUCGAGGAUAGUAGGGUUUGCUGGAGCUGCUAGUAAUCCAUCGCCUGACGGAAUGGACAUUGAUUGGCGUGCGGCAAGUCGAUCUCGAUCGCGUAUACCUAUGGAUAUCGAUUGGAGAGCAUCGUCCCGAUCAAGGUCGAGAUCCGCUUUACCGUUCAGACAAAAUCCUUUCAGCGAACAUCAUGCUCAUCAGCUUCUUGCUUCUGGUGGCACACCCACGGCUGAAAUGGGCAUGCACAUGCCAUCCCAGAAUGAGUGGGCAAAUUCCACUAGGAAAGCGCCGGACCUUCCUGGACCCAGAUCAGCUGGAUCGAGCUUCUCACGAUCGCAUCCUAACAAAUCAUUACCACCAGUGCAAGAAGGUCCGCUCGACAUUCAGCCUUCUUUGAAGCAACCCCAUUCGCUCGACAUGCUUGCUGCUUCCGCACCUCCGAACGGGGCUAUCACUUUGGACGAAAUCCAAGCGGCUCUAGCUGCGGGUCUUAGUCCGACAUCAAGAGAUAGACAGCCUCAUCUCCCAGGUAUCAACGGUCCAGGCCUUUACUCUGAAACAGAAGAGAACUUCCAUCCUCAAUAUGGAUAUCUACCUAGAAGAGUACGAAAGACAAGCUUCGAUCAUACUGUACAGGCUCAUGAAGAAGGAGAUGGCGAUCUAGGAGUGUCACCCACAUCUCAGUUCAAUCCUCGAAAGAGACAGGCGGAAGCUUCACCCAGAGAUGGAAAGACUAUACCAUUGCCUGAAGGCGAUUCUGGCUUCCCCACAUCGAACUUUACAUUCAGCUUCCCCCAGUCAUACGACAACUUCUUUGACAUUGCUGCUGCUAGUGGAACUACUCCUGCAGGUAACGAGGGUUUGAACAUGUCUGAGAUCACCGCCGAAGAUAUAGCUGAAUGGGCAUCAAGUCAACCUGCUACAGCCGAUACAUCCGCAUUUGGAUCUCCUUCAGCAUUCGGUCUAAUUGAGCCUACAAUUGCAGGGGCAGGAUUAUCGUUACCUAAUAUUGGUUCACCGACACAAUCGUCACAACCUGGAGGCGAUAACCCAUUCGAUUUCCAACAAUUGAUGCAUUUAUACCUUAAUGCCAAUUCAGCUGCUUCACCUUUUACCCACAUCAACCCUUCUCAGGUGCUAGGUGCACUGCAGAAUCAACUUUUAUCCAAUGGUAAUGCCAAUACCGAUGCUUCGCCUAAUGCGAUUUCUCCUUCGAGUCUGAAUGGUGCACCUACUCCUGGAACUACCACCAGUCAAAGUGGGAAUACGAUCAAGCCAUUACCCAAAUCCGUUGGUGGGAAAGCAGUCGACAAAUCAUCGAUGCCACCUCCUUCUUUACCUUUUUCUGGUUCUUCAAAUGGAUCUGGACCUGUUAGAUCUAACAGUUCGCCUAAUCUACAGACUUUGCGCAUCCCCUCCCAAGGUCAGGGAAGCUCACUGACUAAAGGCCAUGACAAGAAUACUUCGUUAAGUGGCUCACUUGGCAAAUCGAAAUCGAAAUCCAAGAACAGGGACAACAACAAUCACAACAAUAAUAACAAGAACGACCGAAUCGAUCUUGGUGGUGGUGGUGAAGGAGAAGAGCAUGAAGAAGAUGAUAAUGAUGACGAUGGUGUACCUGAACCUGAGAGUGGACCUGGAUCCAUCAUCAAUACGGGUGAAUCACCUACGAUGUGUACGAAUUGUCAGACUACGAAUACACCCCUUUGGAGGAGAGAUCCUGAAGGCCAACCAUUAUGUAAUGCUUGUGGACUGUUCUAUAAACUACACGGGGUGGUCAGACCGUUAUCUCUGAAGACUGACGUGAUCAAGAAGAGGAAUAGAGCGGGUCCAGGACCAAAGGGCGAAGGUGGAUCACGUAAAAAUAGUGUAUCUGGUCCAUCGACUUCAUCAACUUCUACGACUAAUACUAAAGGGUCUAAUACCAAUAACACCGGCGGAAGUGGCAACAGCAAAAAAUCUGGUGGUAAUACGACUGCGACGACGAAUGGUACAAGCGGUGGAAAGAAGGCUAGAAGAUCUUCAGUCGACGUGUCCCUCUUGAACAACGAUGAUGAUCAGACGGCAUCAUUAUCUGCCUCUGCGUCUGCGUCUGUUUCUGGAUCUUUACCUAAUGAUCUGAGUCCCUUGGGUAUUGGAAACGGGAAUAGUAUGACAAGUCUGUUAAGUAUAAGUGGUGGGAAGUAA